AUUAUCUGCAACGAUCGACUUGGGAAAAAAGUCAGAGUUAAAUGCAAUCCGGAUGACACUGUCGGUGUCUUGAAACUUUUGAUUGCAGCACAAACUGGUACAAAGCCUGAGAAAAUUGUUCUUAAAAAAUGGUAUACGAUUUACAAGGAUCACAUAACUCUGGAAGAUUAUGAAAUUCAUGAUGGAAUGAGUCUUGAAAUGUAA